AUGGCCGCCCGCGGUCGUGGCGGUGCUGAUUCUGCUGCUGUCUCUGACGAGGAAGCGGCUCGCGACCCCAACGAGAAGAGCCGCAGCGGGGAACGCGCCCGAGGCCGGCGGCCCCGCGCUGAGGCCAAACAGGAUCCUCUGGCCGAGCGGGAUCCUUGGAGCGGAAUGGCUGCCCAGCGUGGCCGGCCCUCCGGGGAGCCCCCUGGCCCCGCCGCGGGAGGGUCCUCAGGGAGCGCUGGCGCUGUGGUUCAAAAGCACAUGGACGCCCUCUCGGAGAAAAUCCGCGAGUACAUGGCUGAGCAGUUUACCACCGCUAUGGACUCGGUUCGCGAGGAGCUCGACGCAAUGGUCGAAGAUAAACUUGCUCCCCAAGCUGCCAGGCUCGAGGAACAUGCUACUGAGAUUGCUCAGAUCAAGGAAAAGAACGCUAACCUGGAGAAGGAGCAAGCGGGGCUGCAGGCCGCGGUCAAGGAGCUGCAGACCACGCUGGCGGUGGCGGAGGCGCAGGUUGCGGCGCCGCUGGACCCAGCACGCCUUGCCGAUUGGAACAGGACGGCUGACCCUGCCCUCUUCGUCCUCUCCUGUCAGGCCCCCGCCGCUCCAGGAGAGGUCAAGUCCGCCAUUUCGCAAUGGCUCCAGGCCGCCAAGGUCACCGAGGACCAGGUCACGCUCCUCGGCGACCUCCCGUCGAAACGUUUCCACCUCCACUGCCCUGGUGGCGCUGCGGGCGUUGCCCGCGCUGGGGCACUCCAGGCUGCGCUCAAGCUACCAGGCGGACAAUGGCGUCGAUUUGACGUGCUCUCGGUCAACGGCCAGCGCGUCACCAUGUACACGAAUGCCGACAAGAGCGCGAAGGACAUCCGUAAGGAGGUGCAGACGAAGAAACUCUUGGGCCUCAUCAGGGCUGCGGUGCCUAGCAAGGACUGCUGGGCGCGCCGACCGAAGGGCCUUGUCUACGUGGACUCUGUGCCGAUCGUGGAGGUGCAGGUGCGUGGCCCCGACGAGGCCUCCCGACUGGCCUGGGACGGGUCCGCCACCGCCCGCCUCGGCAUCGACAAGCAGGCCAUUACGAACCAGUUCCAGGCACUCUGGCGCGAGGUCGGGGCCGCUACCCGUGGGCUCUCGGUGGUGACGUGGAACGCUCGCGGCCUGCUCCUCCGCGCCGCCGCCAGGAGGCGGCGGAAAGUGAACAUGGUCGUAGAGCACCUUCGCCAGCGCUCAAUUGUGCUGGUCCAGGAAGUCCACGGCUUCACCGAGACGCUCCAGAACUACCUCAACCAGUACUGCAUCCACUACAAGAUGUAUAGCUCUACGACCGGUCGUCCGGGGGCUGGCGGGAUCGCAAUUUUGAUCCCUUGGCACGACCAUCACACUAUUGCCGCUGCUGGCACGGCGGCUCUCCCUCAGAUCCAGAGCCGCGAGUUGGAGCCAGGGCGCGCUGCCGUUACGACGAUCACCAACCCCAAACCGCAAUGCGCCAUUAAAAUCAUGAACAUCCACAAUUAUGACCUCACCGAGCUUGGGAAGGAUCGCAUUCGGCGAGCGUGGCGGGAUGCUGCGCACUGGGCGCACGAGGACCCUAUGAAGAGGACCUUCGUUGCAGCUGGCGAUUUUAACAUGACCGAUGUGCCAGCGGAGUCUCUUUUGUACCCUCGGCCGCGUCAGGCCCAACGGUCUGACGCCAGCAGGGCCAACCGAUCCGAACCAUUCUGGAGAGAUAUUUUCGCGAAUCCCAACAUGCUUGAGGUGUGCUCGCCGCUCCCCACCCACUUCGCGAAGGACUCAGGGACGCUGCGCACGAUUGAUCGGAUCUUCGUCUCACUCGCAUCGUCUUUCGCGCUGGAGACCGAGUGCGACCUCCAGCUGGUGCACGAUGCCGUGACGCUGGACGCGCAGAACCUCAGCGACCACGCAAUCCUCAAGCUUCGCAUGAAGACCAGGCAGGCCACGCCCAAGGGCGAGAGGAAAAUCCCAGCUUUCAUCUUCAAGAGCCCUGAGUACAAGCGGAUCCUCGCCAACUGCCUUGAUGGUUGUCGCAUCGAGUUCAAGCCUGUUUUUGAACAGUGGCGCGACAUCAAGGCCAUGAUGACGCUCGCCGCGGAGCUCGCUCGGAACGAGCUGCAGUCCAAGGCGCUGGUGGUCGACGGCGACAGUGGGCGGCACGCGCGACUGUUGGCCCUCAACUCGGUCGCCAGGGCCGUCUGGCGGCAAGACGCUCGACUGGCCAGGGGGCUCAUGCAUGAUACGCCCAUCGGUGCCGCGGAGCUCGAGCUCGUCGACGGCACCGUGCAGUUGAAGAGGCCUGGCGACUUCCACGCGCACGUGCGGGAGGCGCAAGCGCAACUCCUGGAACGGGAGACGGCGGCGCUCGUCGACAGUGCCAGUGGGGCACGCCGGCGGACGGCGGAAGUCAUGAUCAAGCGAGCGCUGCUGUGGAACCCCACCAAGCGCGCAUUGGUACUUUCGGGGAUCCGCCACACGCAGCCUGCCGGGCAGGGAGGCAGCGCAGACUCC